ACCCUUACCACCACAGAGUACUUUGUAUAUAUAGGAAACUUACCAAAACUUACCACUCUGACAUACGAGUUAGAAUUGUACAAGAACAAAUUCUCGAUUUCGACUCAUUAUUGUCUCAAAGUUUUUAUUUUGAUUCGACACUUGUUGUUGUUUGAAUAGUUUAAGCAUGAAUUAUAAGAAGAAUUAUUAAUUCAUGUUAAAGUUAAAGUGAGAAACAAAACAUGUUAAUAAAUUUAAUGAUGAAUGAAGAAUUUCGAUUAUCUUUCUAAUAAAGAAUAGUAAGAAGUCGAAACCGUAAGAUUACAGCGCCACGAUAUGCAUCACAGAGAUGAGUGGUGUGUUAACUAGGUGCAGAGUUAGCUCAGAGCAACUGCAUGUUCUCCUGUCGUUUAUGGAAGAGCAUCGCGACUUUGCAGCUGGGAAACAGUCAAUUUACUCCAGAUUCAGUGCAUGUAAGCUGUGGCGCCUGCUGGCAGAGCGACUAAACGCGGCGGCGGAAGAAUCGGGCGGAGCUCGUAAAUCUCCUGACAAGUGGUGUCGAUUUUGGUCAGACAUAAAGUAUAAAGCACGGAAGAAGUCAGCUGCUGGAGGAGCUCUUGGUGACUUGUCAAGUGUCGAAGAGAGAUUGCAGAAUCUUCUCGGUACUAAAUCAAGUGAUUCUGGCGUGGGCACUCGAGGCGGGAGUCACUCGGACGAGGAGCGCAAACCACAUCUGGACGAAGAUAUGUACUCAGAAGGCUCCGGGGCGGGGGCGACGGACGCUCCACGCCUCGCCACUGAGGAGCUGCUGGCCGAGGCCGCCAUGCGGAGCGCGCUCGCCGCCGAGAAGCAAGCGGAGGCAGUGACGCAGGCCGUGGAGCUGCUGCGCGACAUCGUGGUGCUGCUGCGGGAGCGCACGCCCGCCGCGCCGCACGCGCCCCACGCUCCCCACGUGCCCCACGCGGCGCCCGCGCCCGACCACGCGCUCGCCAUGCAGCACCACCACCAUCGACUCUGAUCUCUAGCUCCAGACCUGAUCAAUAUAGCUCUUUAACGACUA